AUGGCGCCCCCUGACGAGAAUGAGGAAGCCGCACAAGAGCACCAAGCUACUCCGAGAGCUUUGAUCAAUCCAAACUUACGACUACCACCGGAAUUGAACCUUCUUACUGGUAAUGUGUCGGAAAACUAUAAGUCUUGGAAACGGCAAGUGGAAAUUUAUCUGAUAGCGAGCGGAACUACUGCAUUGUCGGAGGAAAUUCAGACUGCAACGAUAAUCAAUUGUGGAGGUGAGAGACUUUUGAAAAUUUAUGAUCACUUUGAAUGGGCACCUGGUGAGGAUAAGAACAAACCUCAGGAUGUGUUUAACAAAAUUGAACAGUACUGUAAUCCUCGCAAAAACGAAGUCGCGGAAUCGCACAAAUUUUGGAGUACAAAGUAUUUCGAACCUUUUGACCAGUUUCUCACUGAAUUGCGUAUAAAGGCAGCGUCCUGCAAUUUCAAAGAGGAGGAUCGCAUGAUUAGAGACAAGAUUGUUUUCAGUUGCACAGGAAAAAUGCAGCAGCUCCUAUUGAGGGAUGAUGAUUUGGACCUCAAGAAAGCAAUUAAGAUUUGUCAGUCCUAUGAGCAGGCUAAUCGACAAGCUGAAGAGAUGAAGAAAGAGAACAAUGCAAGUGUGCACAAAGUAAGCGAAUCUCAGACACAUCGAAAAACUGUGAACAAAGUUCCAUAUAAGAAACAAGGAUUCAAGAAACCACAGGACAAGGAGAAGUCGUGUAAAUUCUGUGGAACCAAACAUCCAAUGAAGAAAGAGUCCUGUCCGGCAUGGGGAAAAACCUGUAACAAAUGUCAUGGACGCAAUCAUUUCAGUGUGAAAUGCAAGAAGAUUAACCUUGUUGACCGGAAACAAUAUAGCGAUUCGUCUGAUGAAGAUGAAUAUUGGCUCAACGUUGUUAACUGUAACAAAACUACCUUAACAGCUGUCAUGAGUUUGAACAACUGUGAUGUUCGAUUUCAGUUGGAUAGUGGUGCACAGAUAAACACCUUACAGAAGAAGUAUGUUCGGAAGGAUCAAGUUCGCCCGUCCGCAUCAACUCUUCGUGUAUAUGACUCAGCACCUUUGAAAACCCUAGGAGAAGUUGAUCUACCUGUUACAAACCCAAAGACUAAAGAAGUGAUGAAUAUGACAUUUGCUGUUGUUAGCAAUAAACUUCAGAGUUUAUUAGGACUUCAUGGGAUCCAGAAAAUGAAUCUCAUCACUGUGAAUGAAGAGAAGUUCAUCUCAAAGGUGGAUACGUCAGCGUCAGAACUAGGUGACCUUGGAGAAGCUACACUUGUGGUCGAUAGUGAGAUCCAACCUAAAACUCUACCGUGUCGAAAACUCCCACUAGCUAUUAAGGACAAUGUGAAAACAGAACUUGACAACCUUGUUAAGAGAGGAAUUCUUGUUCCAGUAACCACACCAACAAAAUGGGUCAAUCAGAUGGCGGUAGUGCACAAAGCGAAUGGAAAACUGAGAAUUUGUCUUGAUCCGCAAGCUUUAAACUCAGCACUAUUGCGUGAACAUUACAAACUACCGGUACUUGAUGACGUACUACCUAAACUUCAGAAAGCCAAGUUGUUCAGCAAACUGGAUGUCAAAGAAGCCUACUGGCAUGUAAAACUGGAUGAGAAGUCAAGCAUGUUAACAACCAUGAUUACACCGUUUGGUAGAUACCGAUGGUCUAGACUUCCAUUUGGCCUGAAGGUCUCCAGUGAAAUUUUCCAAAGAAAAUUGACUGAGGCUCUUGGUGACAUUGAAGGCGUUUUUACCAUAGCUGAUGAUAUCAUUGUUACAGGCUGUGGCGAUACUAUUCCAGAAGCUGAACUAGACAACACAGAGAAGCUGAAACUCUUGUACUCGAGAUGUAAACAAGCAAAUAUCAUCCUGAAUGAUGACAAGAAAGAGAUUGGACUGCGUGAGAUAAAGUUUCAUGGACACAAGAUAACAAGUGAAGGUGUGAAGGCAGAUGAUGGAAAAGUCAAGGCUAUUAUAGACAUGCCCAGCCCAACAGAUAUUUCUGGUGUGAAAAGAUUUUGUGGUAUGGUGCAGUAUAUGUCCAAAUUUCUGCCGAGUUUAUCUACAACCCUUGAACCACUCAGAACACUCACUCGUAAAGACACACCAUGGACGUGGACCAAGAAGUGUGAGAAGGCAUUUAACGAUGUCAAAAAGCAACUUACCUGUACUCCGGUUCUUGCUUACUUCAAUCCAGAUUUGGAGCUGACGUUACAAACAGACAGUAGCAAAGAUGGUCUUGGAGCUGUUCUCCUACAGAAUGGAAAACCAAUCGAGUAUGCAUCUCGUUCACUAUCUAUGGCACAACGGAAAUGGGCCCAAAUUGAGAAAGAGGCACUUUCUAUUCUAUUUGGACUCGAAAAGUUCGACCAGUAUACCUAUGGCCGAAAAGUGGUUAUCGAGAAUGACCAUAAACCGUUAGAGGCGAUUCUAAGAAAACCUUUAUCAGCAGCCCCACGUAGACUGCAGGAUAUUAUGAUGAAACUGAAUAGAUAUGACAUUACGUUCAAAUUCGUCAAAGGUGAAGAUCUUAUCAUAGCUGAUAUGUUAAGCAGAGCGACGAUAGAAGUUCCUACUGAUGAUCGUCCAAGAAUCAUGACUGUGUGUGUGGAUCCUGACUUGUCAGAUGUUCGACUUGAUGAAAUUCGCAAGGCAACAGAAAUGGACUCUGAAUUGCAAUGCUUGAUUGCAAACAUCACUGAUGGAUGGCCAGAUAGAAAGAACCUAGUAGAAGAGUCAGUCAAACAGUACUAUGAUCUCCGUGAAACUUUGAGUGUUUAUAAUGGUAUUGUUGUGAAGGGUGAAGCUAUUGUGAUUCCUAAGUCUCUCAGGUCUGAUGUGAAGCAUCGACUACAUUCAGCUCACCUUGGCUAUGACUCCAUGAUCCGGCGAGCUCGUGGAACAGUAUUUUGGCCAAAUAUGCAAAGUGAUAUAAAACAGUUAGCUGACAAUUGCUAUGCCUGUCAGGAGAUGAAACCUAGACCGAGCAAAACUCCACUCACUCAACAUGAUGAUGGAACAAAACCAUGGAACAAAAUUGGAUUAUAUUUCUUCCAAAUCAAGAAUCAUACUUACCUUGUCAGUGUUGAUUAUUUCAGCAACUAUAUUGACAUUGCUCUCAUGCCAACUACAACUUCAGUGAAGUUAAUCAAAACCUUGAAGAAGCAAUUCUCUCAUUUUGGAAUUCCGUCGGUAAUUGUCACAGAUGGAGGACCCCAGUUUACUUCAAGCGAAUUCAAGAAGUUCACCACUGAAUGGGGAAUAAAGCACGUAACUUCAUCACCAAACCAUCAGAGAGCCAAUGGAAAGGCAGAGUCCGCCGUCAAGAUUAUGAAACACUUGAUCAUGAAAUGUGACAAGGAAUCAACAGACCAAUUUGAGGCACUGUUAGAACAGAGAAAUACGCCAAGACAAGACACAGGUCUUAGUCCCUGCGAGAUGAUGUUUGGGAGACAUACGCGAACGAAACUUCCAAAGCUAGAUCGACACAAGACUUCCUCAAACAGGAAACGACAACAACGGAAGAAGUCAGUGAAACGCUAUUACGAUCGAACAGCACAUGAGAAAACUCAACUCAAGAAAAACCAAAAUGUGUUCUUUGAAAGGAAGUCGAAUGAGAAAUGGAUUCUUGGUAAAAUCGUUGACUGUCUACACAACCAAACCUACAUAGUUCAGUCAGAGGAUGGUACAACUUACCGCAGGAAUCGUCUGCAUAUUCGACCAACCAAAGUGAAAGUAGUCAUUCGUGACAAAUCUCCAGUGCGUUUUGAAAGCAGGAAGCAACCAGUUGAAUCUACACAAGAGGAUAAUUCCGAUAUGCGUAUGACAGAUUUUCAUCAUGAGCCACGUGUUUGCAUAGAAAAGGAAAAUUUGGUUGAUCGUAACCCCAGUACUAUGACCAACUCACCGCUUGACAAUUCCGAAUCACUGGAUGAGACCGUACAACAAUCUCAAGCAGAUAUGGUACCUGAACCUAUUCCAUUGCGUCGAUCAGCAAGAGCUCGAAGGGAACCAGCAAAGCUCAAAGACUAUGUGCGUUAUUGA